GAGUCUUUAAGGUUAAAGUCAAAAGAUAUAAGUCGUUCUGUAAGUCAAACGUUAUGUAGAAAUAUCUUAAUUCAUGGAUAUUGUAAAUUUGCUGAUAAAGGAUGCAUUUUUAAUCAUGAAACUGUAAAAUUUAUAUGGAUUUUUUAAAUUAAGGAAAAAAUAUUGAUAUAAUUAGUAUCGAACUUAUGAAAAGAAUAAUAUUUCUUCCUCCUCUGAAAUGCUUAAAAAAAAUAUUUCUGAUUUAACAUUAUCUACUUCUAACACUGCAUUUCCGAAGACAUAUUCUCGGUUAAUAGCACAGGCUCCUGAUUUCGUUCCUCGUUCUCAAUUAUCUUUAUCUAAUCAAACUCUUAAUUCUCAAUCAUCUGCUUUAAUCAAGAAUCAGAAUUCUUUGUCUGAAUUAGCUUCCCACGAUGUAGUGGAUACAAAUUUUAAACAAUCUUUUUCUAUUGAUCAAGAAUUUUCAAAACUCGAUAUUAAUUUUACACCUGAUAAUUUUCUUUCUUAUCCCUUUUAUGAUACAAAUUCUUUAUCUUCAAGUAAUUUUUAUGAUUAUGAGAUUUACUAUAAUCGAACACCUUUAUAUCAACCGUUACAAUAUCAUUUAUAUGCAUCUCCAGCGCCGUAUAGGACAAAUUUAGAACCAUAUCAAAGAACAAUUCAUGAUUUUUUUAUGUCUGAUACUCUUCGUGAAGAUCUUCAAAAAAAAUCAGAGGCUAUUUAUCAGACUUUAGGAGAUUCUAAUUUGCCGGACCAGAUACUUGGAUAUCAUUCACUUGUUCCUCUUGAUACACUUCAUAAUAAGAGUACAAGAAUUUUUGGUUAUUCUUCUUGGGUGUAUAAAGUUUUUUCAAGUAAUGAUGGAUAUUCAUACGUUUUUCGACGAUUGGAAGGAUUUCGUUUAUUAAAUGAAUUUUCUAUUAGUUUGAUAAAAAUAUGGAAAAAAAUUAGAAAUGCAAAUGUAGUAUCUGUUCAUGAAGCAUUCACCACAAAAGCAUUUGGUGAUAGUUCUAUUGUUUUUGUGUAUGAUUAUCAUCCACUUUCUAUUACAUUGUAUGAAAAACAUUUCGGACAAUAUUUUCAGAAGGGUUCUGAGUGUCAUCAUCGAGGUGUAAUUUCUGAAUAUGUUUUAUGGAAUUAUCUUAUUCAAAUUAUUUCCGCAAUAAAAUCUAUUCAUGCUGAAGGUCUUGCUGUUCGAGUUCUUGAUCUUACUAAAAUUUUGUUAACUGGAAAGAUGCGGUUAAGGAUAAAUUGCUGUGGAAUAAUGGAUGUCAUUGUUUCUGGUUUUCGAAAGAAUAACGAGCAAUUACAGAACCAUGAUUUUAUAUUACUAGGACAAUUAAUGCUUACUUUGGCAUGCAAUUCUUUAACUUCUGUUCAAAAUAUGAAGGAGUCAUUUGAUUAUAUUAUUCAACAUUAUUCUAAAGAUUUUCAAGAUAUUAUUUAUUAUCUUCUUAAAAAUACUGAAUCUAAGUCAGCUGAAAGAUUAGUUGCCCUUAUUUCCACUCAUAUCAUUGAUGCAUUUAAUAGUUCACUAUGUUAUAAUGAUACCCUUGAGUCUGAGUUGUGUCGUGAGUUAGAAAAUGGGAGAUUAGUUCGUUUAUUAUGUAAAUUCGGUUUUAUUAAUGAAAGACCGGAAUUCGAUCAUGAUAAAUUAUGGUCAGAAACAGGUGAUAGAUAUCUUAUUAAAUUAUUGAGAGAUUAUAUUUUUCAUCAGGUUGAUGAAAAUGGUAAUCCUGUAGUCGAUAUGGCACAUGUUAUUAGUUGUUUAAAUAAGCUUGAUGCCGGUGUUGACGAAAAGAUUAUGCUUGUAUCAAGGGAUGAGCAGAAUUGUUUAAUAGUAAGUUAUAAAGAGUUGAAAAACUGUAUUCAGUCAGCAUUCCUUGAUUUAACAAAGAAUAGUUAGUAAAUAAUUUUUG